UGCGGGGCGGCUGCGCAUGCGCCGGCGCACUCAGCUAUAGGUUCUGGCCACGUCCGGAAUUUUCAGUUGGUUUCUGGGUUGUGCUCCUUUGUCGCGCUGUGACCUUACAGCUAUUGAAGGACCCGAAGGAAGACUUUGGGAGACCCCAAAGGCGGGAAAAUAGAAAUGGACUCAGUGGCCUUUGAGGAUGUGGCUGUCAAGUUUACCCAGAAGGAGUGGGCUUUGCUGGAUUCCUCACAGAAGAAACUCUACCGAGAUGUGAUGUGGGAAACCUUCAGGAACCUGGUUUUUGUAGGGAAGAAAUGGAGAGACCACAACAUUGAAGAUGAUGACAAAAGUCAGGGAAGAAAUCGAAGGAUGUUUCAGGACUCAAUGGCCUUGCAAGAUGUGAUUAUAUACUUCACCCAGGAGGAGUGGGCUCUGCUGGAUCCUUCCCAGAAGAAACUCUACAGAGAUGUGAUGUCGGAAAUCUUUAGCAACUUGUCCUCUCUAGGAAAAUUGUUGCAAGACAAGAACUGUGAAGAUUGCUACAGAAAUUUUGGGGGAAAGUUAAGCAAUAAUAAUGGAGAGCAAGCCUGUGAAAGUAAAGAGCAUCUUCACUGUGGAGAAAUCUUUAGCCAUAUUCUAAAUCCUGAUGUGAACCAAAGCUUUAAUGGAGUUAAGCCAUAUGACUGCAGUGUGCCUGGAGUAGUCUUCAUGUGUCUCUCAUCCCUUAAUAGAUAUAUGGUUCAUGAUACCAGAUACAAACUGUAUGAGACUCAGGAAUAUGGGGGAAAACAGUAUCAUUGUAAGCUAUAUGAGAAAGCAUUUACUGAUCACUACUCCUUUCAAAGAUAUGAAAGGACUCAAAUUGCAGAGAAGCUGUAUGAUUGUAAGGAAUGUGGAAAAUCAUUUACUUCUCAUAAAAGUCAAACAAGACACAUGAUAUUGCACACCGGAGAUGGACCUAACAAAUACAAAUUUUGUGGGAAAGCCUUUUACUAUCAUAGGUCAGCUCUGAGUCAUGAAAGGACUAACACUGGAGAGAAACCCUAUGAAUGUAAGGACUGCUGUGGGAAAGCGUUCAAUUCCCAUGGAAAGGUUGGAAGAGACAUGUUAGAACAUACUGGAGAUGGACCUUAUAAAUGUAAAUAUUGUGGGAAAGCUUUUAAAUUUUCCCAAUCAGUUCUGAAUCAUGAAAGGAUUCAUAUGAGAGAAAAACCUUAUCAGUGUAAGGAAUGUGGGAAAUCCUUCAGAAGUUGUAGUUCUUUUAGAGUUCAUGAAAGGAUUCACACUGGAGAGAAACCAUAUAAAUGUAAACAAUGUGGGAAAGCCUUCAGAGAUACGAGAUAUGUACGAGUGCAUGAAAGGAUUCACACUGGAGAGAAACCCUAUGAGUGUAAGGAAUGUGGAAAAGGCUUCAGAACUUCUAGUUCUUUUCAUAUCCAUGAAUGGAUUCACACUGGAAAGAAACCUUAUGAAUGUAAGCAGUGUGGGAAAGCCUACAACAAUUCUUGGUAUUUUCGUGUCCAUGAAAAGACUCAUACUGGAGAGAAACCUUGUGAAUGUAAAGAAUGUGGAAAAACCUUUAGCAAUUGUAGUUCUCUUCGGUUGCACAAAAGGACUCAUACUGGAGAAAAGCCUUAUCAGUGUAAGGAAUGUGGGAAAUCCUUCAGAAGUUCUCGUUCUUUUCGAGUCCAUGAAAGGACUCACACUGGAGAGAAACCAUAUAAAUGUAAGCACUGUGGGAAAGCCUUCAAGGAUGUGAAGUAUCUUCGAGUGCAUGAAAGGAUUCACACUGGAGAGAAACCCUAUGAAUGUAAGGAAUGUGGGAAAGCCUUCAUCGAUUUUAGUCCUCUUCAGUUGCAUAAAAGGAUUCACACUGGAGAGAAACCUUAUCAAUGUAAGGAAUGUGGGAAAUCCUUCGGAAGGUCUAGUUCCUUUCGAAUCCAUGAAAGGACUCACACUGGAGAGAAACCAUAUAAAUGUAAGCAAUGUGGGAAAGGCUUUGUUGCUUCUUCUUCUUGUCGAGUCCAUGAAAGGACUCACAGCGAAGAAAAACCCUAUAAAUGUAAGCAGUGCGGGAAAGCCUUUUGCAAUUGUAAUUCUUUACGAUUGCAUGAAAGGAUGCACACUGGAGAGAAAGCCUACCAGUGUAAGGAAUGUGGGAAAGCCUUCAGAAGUUCUGGUUCUUUUCGAAUUCAUGAAAGGACUCACACUGGAGAGAAACCCUAUGAAUGUAAGCAGUGUGGGAAAGCUCAUAGCAGUUCUUGGUCUUUCCAUGUCCAUGAAAAGACACAUACUGGGGAGAAACCCUAUGACUGUAAUGAAUGUGGGAAAGCCUUCAAGGAUUCUUGGUCUUUUUGAGUUCACAAAAGAAUUCACACUGGAGAUAAACCAUAUGAGUGUAAACAAUGUGGGAAAGCCUUUUGCAAUUUUAGUUCUUUACGAUUGCAUGAGAGGACACAUACUGGAGAGAAACCUUAGCAAUAUAAGGAAUGUGGGAAAGCCUUCAGAAGUUCUAGUUCUUUUCAAAUCCAUGAACGGACUCACAAUGGAGAGAAGCCCUAGGAAUGUAAGCAGUGUGGGAAACUUUCACUUGUUUUAUUCAACUGCCCAAAAGGAUUCACAUUAGAGAGCAACCCUUUGUGUGUAAGCAGCACAGAAAAUCCUUCAAUGGUUUUUAUUCUUGUACAUAAAAGGAUUCACACUGGAGGGAAGCCCUAUGAAUGUAAGCCAUGUAGGAAGGCUUUCCAAAAAAAUCUUGAUCUUUUAUAGUCCAUGAAAGGACCCAUACUGGAUAGAAACCCUUGCAUGUAAGGACUUGGGAAAGGGUUCAAAUGCUUGUUCAGUUCCAAUCCAUGAAAAGGACCCAUACUGAAAGAGAAACCCUAUUUAUGUUAAGCCACAUGGGAAAGAGUUUUCUCAUUUUCGUUUCAUGUGUAUAAAAGGAUUACACUAUGGAGGGAACCAUCAUGGCAAAGCCUUACUUGAGUACUUUCCAAGUACAUAAAAGAAAUAUGAAUGAGAAAUAUGAAUGUACAGAAUAUGGGAAAGUGUUUGAGUCCUUUAUAAAUAUUGGAAGACGUGUGAUAGUACCUAAUGGAGAAGAGCCUUACAAAUGUAACUUAUAAGUUUCUCCGUUUCUAAGGCAUGAAAGGCUCACUGAAGAAAAACAUUGAGAAUAUAAAGAGUGUGGUAAAGUUUUAGUUGUUUGAAAUACGAGAGCAACCCAAAAUGGAGGCAAGUGCUAUAAAUAUAAGGAAUAUGUGAAAGCCUUCAAAUUCUCAGUUUCUUUCCAACUCAUGAGAUAACUCCUACUGGAGAAAUCCUAUGAGAGGAGCAUGGGAAUUCUUUCAUUGCCAUGCGGUCUUCAGCCGAGAAAGGAAUGCAUAAUGGACAGAUGUCUUAUGGUGUGAAAAUGCCGUAAGGCUUGUCAUCAGUUCAAAUUGUAGCCAUGAAAGAUUCACAGUCGUGAGAAUCUCCACGAAUAUAUGCAAUGUGUCAAACCUGGUAUCCUACAUCUUUUCAAAUAUAUAUGUAAGAUUAUACAUGGCUUUGAAGCACUUCCUUUUAAAAAUGAAGGAAAGUUUUCCAUUUUACCAAGUGGGAUUUUUUUUUUAAAUUUUUGGAGGGCGGGUACUAAGGUUUCAACCCAGUCAUUUCACAACUAAGCUACAUACCAAGCACUUUUUAAAUUUUGAGAUAGGAGCUCACUAAGUUGUCCAGGCCUGCCUUGAACUUGCAAUAUUCCUGCCUCAUCCCCUUGAAUAUCUGGGAUUACAGAUGUCCUCCACCUGGCCCCAUGCAUUUUAACAAGUUUGGUUGUUUUGUUUUGUUUUUACACUGGGAAUUGAACCCAGGGAUGCUUUACCAGAGAACAUCCUCAACCCUUCUAUUUUUUGAGACAGGGUCUCACUAAAUGCUGAGGUUGGCCUUGAACUUGGGAUCCUCCUGUCUCAGCCUCCCAGGUCAGCUAGUAAUUUAAGUCAUGUGAAAUCACACUGGAGAGAAGUUUUGUAAAUGUAAGUUAUAUAGAAAACCUCGUUAAUACUGAAGUAUUUAUUCUAUGAAGAAUUUACAAGAAAGAAAUGCAAAAGUUCUGAGUAUAUUUUGUUCUUCAGUGUCUCAUUUUUAACUUGGAUAUGUAGUAAUUUGAAACAUUAAAUGAAAUGUUUCAGCUGGGUGUGGUGGUACACACUUGUAAUCCCAGCAGCUCUAGAGACUGGGGCAGCAAGAUCACAACUUCAAAGCCAGCCUCCAGCAACUUAGGCUCUAAGUAACUCAGUGAAACCGUGUCUCUGAGUAAAAUAUAAAAAAGGGCUGAGGAUGUUACUUAGUAGUUAAGCAACCCUAGGUUCACUCCCUGGUACCAAAACAACAACAUAUGAAAUGAAAUGUUUCUGUAAGAAUUUAAGCAAUUUACAGGGGCUUGGUGGGGUGUUUUUUUCCUAUUAUCUUUGCAUUUUGAUACAUGGGUGGGUGAAUUGUAUUUGCAAUAUGAUAGAUUCAGUUUUACACUGUUUAAUUGGCACUUAUGAGCUAUUUAAUUGUCAUCAAUUGUCAUUAAUGAGCUAUUGAAAAGGGAUGUUUUGUCCAUUGCUGGUCUGUGUGUCAGGAACUGGAUAUCACAUUCCUCCUUUUGGGAAAAACUGUAGUUAAGAGAGUCAGUAGAGAAAAAGGUUUAUUUUAUUUUCCUUGCUAAUAAAUCAUUGCCUUCCUCUUCUGUGUAAUGUG